AUGGAUUUUAGUUCAUCGUCUGUUUUCGAUCAGCAUAAAGGUGACUCUGCAGAAGAAAUCGACCUGAGUGUGGUUUAUCAUGCAGCUUCUAUUGGAGACAUUAACACCCUGACAGCAGUCAUUCGAGAGGAUCCUUCCAUAUUGGAAUGCUGCGACAGUGAAGGAUCGACUCCAUUGAUGCAUGCAAUAUCAGGACGGCAGCUUGAUACAGUGAAAUUGUUGCUUAAGAUGGGAGCUUCCAUCAACACUGAAGAUGCUUGCGGAAGAACUGCAUUGUCUCUCGCCACCUACCUGGGCUGGUUAGAUGGCUGUGUAACUCUGCUGCGAAAUGGUGCCAAGCAAAACAUGCCAGACAAAAACGGCAGACUGCCUCUUCAUGCUGCCACCUCAGAAACUGACUUCAGAGUGUUGGCUGUACUGUUGCAACAAUCAGUUAUCAGCGAGAUAAAUCACCAGGACAACGAGGGUAUGACCCCACUCCAUUGGGCUGCUUUUCACAAUCGACCACAGCAUGUUCAGGCCUUACUGCAGAAAGGAGCUGACCCCACUUUGGUUGACAAGGACUUUAAAACAGCACUUCACUGGGCAGUGCAGAGUGGGAACAGAGUCAUGACGUCUAUUAUUCUGGAUCAUCAACUAGGCCCGUCUGUCAUAAAUUAUGAUGAUGAGAAUGGAAAGACUUGUGUACAUAUAGCAGCAGCCGCAGGAUACAGUGAUAUCAUCUGUGAGUUGGCGAGGAUACCAGAAUGCAACCUACAAGCGCUAGAUGUGGAUGAUAGGACGCCACUUCAUUGGGCUGCAGCUGCAGGGAAGGCAGAUUGUGUACAAACUUUGAUACAGCUGGGGGUAGAAAGCAAUCCAAGAGACAUCAAUGAAAACACUCCACUAACAUAUGCAAUGUACUGCAGCCACACAGCAUGUAUCAAACUGUUCUCGCAGGAGAACCGAUCUGAGCCUGACAGACAGCAGCCUUCCCAGAUUAACAAGAAAAAGGAGAGUCGCUUUGGUGUACUGAACCAGAUAUUCUCCUGCAAGAAGAAAAAAGACGAUCAAAAGAGCAGCCGGAAAGAUAAAGCUCGGGACAGAUAUCUAAGAGAGGAAACAUCCGAAGUCGAUGAUAUUAUAACCACCUUUGACUGCAUCAUGGAUCCCAACAGUAAUACAGCUCCACAUGAAAGGAGAGAGGAAAGUGGAUUCCAAAAAACAACUACAGACCCAGUCAUUCAGAAAUACCAGUCAUCAGACAAAAAACAGAAGGAACGCAAAAGUCUUCCUCCAAUUCGGACACAAAGUCUUCCACCUCUGACUCUUAACAAUUGUGUGUUUUCAGAUUCUCCCAGCAUAGCUCAGAGCACAGGCUGCAGCCCGAAUACAUACCAUUUUGCCCACAGAUCUCAGAAGAGCCGCAGUGAACAUGACUUGUUUGAUAACAGGACCAGCUCUCAGCAACUAUUGGCUGGUCAGUGGACAAUCAACAACAAUCAUAUAUUGCCCCCCAAAGCCUGGACAGCACCUCCUUCAGCAAAACUCUUGGAGGUUUUUUUGCAGCAAAGAGCCAAAAAUAUGGAGCUCUCACAUCCUCCUCCUUUUCCCUACCUCCGCCAAGCAGAAAUUAUGCAGCAAGUCUCCAUGGAUAAAAUGAAAAUAAAAGAUGCAGUUCUAACACGGGCCAAUCUAGCUCCAAUAAUCAACUCCUGUGCUCACAAAUGCAAUCUGCCACGUGAUCACAUGUCUCAGAAUAUGAUCAAAACAAAAUCUCAGCCUCUGAUGUCUAUAAGGACUACUGCAGUGAACCUCCCACCAGCACUGGGGACCAGAUCCCAGAGAGAAGGCAUUGUCCAAAGCAACUCACUUUAUUCAUUUCUGCCAGUUAUGUCAGACGAUUCGCUGAGAAUCAACCGCGUGCUUCCUGCUAUUCCGACUCAGAAGAAGAGCACUCCACCAGAGGACCUGUCCAAGUUCUUUAUUGAGUCAUAGCACAAACCUCAGUAUAAGAUGUAAAUGUUGAUUUAAAACUUAAAACACAUCUGUAUUCCUCAUUUUUUAAACAAAGAUUUAAGGAAUUGUGAAACUGAAUAAGCCUUCAGGUAGAUAUAUUUCAUGAUGAUCUGUUGCCUUUGAUUAGCAAACAAGGGCACUUUUUUUAAUGCUUUUUUUUAUAUUUGUGGGUCUAUUGUAUUUUAGCUGUUAACCAUCAAGACACUCCAGUAAAACCCUCACCUGCAUGGAAAAUGUG